AUGGCUUCAUCUUCUGGAAGUAAAGAUGAGCCAACUUCUGUUGUGUCUGAUCACUUUGAGGUUCAGGGUGAGAGAGUAAAAGCUUCAGACACCACAUCUCUGUCGUCUGGGUAUCAGGUUCCUGCAUCAAGCUUGGAGAUCGUGGAAGAAGAUGUGGUGCCAUUUCCUCCACAAAUAGGUACACCACCAGCUCAUGAAUCUGAAAUUCAGAUUGUAUCUUUUGAAGCAAAAGAUAAGGUGCCAUCCAUUCAUAAAAUGGAAUCUGAGAUUUUACCUUCUCAAACUGAAGGAGAACGUAAGAUGAAGUGUGGAUUGAAUGCAAGUGCCCAGCAAUCAGUUAAGCUUGCUCCAAUAGCAGCCAUUGAAUUGGGCAGAAGUAAUUUAGUUGCAGAUGAACCAGUGAGAUCAUCUCAUCUUACCAUAAAAAAUGAAAUUCCAAUUAAAGAUCAGUUGUUGCGAGAAUCAGUUUUAUAUGCAAAGAAAUCAAUUAAGACAACUGUCCGGAAGAUUUUCAGCCACAUAAAUAAUGUUAGAACUACAAAAAUUGCUGUUAUUGGAACUGGUGGUAUCGGAAAGACUACUGUCCUCAAGGCCUUGAUCAACUUCCUAAACACAGAACAUAUGUUUGAUGAGGUAAUUUUGGUGACUGUCUCAAGAUAUUGGAGCACAAGAAAGGUCCAAAAUGAAGUUUUAAGACAGUUAUCUUUAUGUCGUGAAUAUUCUGAAACUGAUUCUCAGGUUGCAGAAAGAUUAUUGAAAGUUCUGAAAGGGAAGAAGUUUUUGUUGAUUCUGGAUGAUGUUUGGGAGCAGAUCGAUCUAGAGGCAGUGGGUAUUCCUGGUCCUAGUUCAGAAAAUGGCUGCAAGAUAGUAAUAGCAUCCAGAAAACUUGAUGCUUGUCGUGACAUGAAUUUUUUUAAGGUGGUUGAAGUAAAAGGUAUCUCUUGGAAGGAAGCUAGAGAACUUUUCUAUGAACAAGUGAGUGAAAGCAUUCCACUGUCAGUUAUCAAGCCCUUUGCUGACACUAUAGUUAAGGGCUGUGAUGGUUUGCCACUGCUGAUUAUUGUUACUGGAAGGGCCCUAGGGGAGAAAAAUGAUGUUUCCAUGUGGAAGGAUGCUUCAAAAAAAUUCUCACGACGUAAAACUUCUCGAGAAUGUCAAAUUGAAGAUGUACUCCAAUUAUUGAAAUUCAGCUUUGACCAACUAUGUGAUAAUGAUGUGAAAAGUUGUUUCCUUCAUAGUGCUUUGUUUCCAGAAGCUCAAGAGGUCAAUAUUUAUAAAUUCAUAGAAUAUUGUAUCCAAGAAAGUUUAAUCACUGGUGCUCAAGCUGAUGCACAUAAAAGGGGCCAUCAUAUAGUUGAUGUUCUAGUACAUGCUUCAUUGUUACAAGUUACUGAAGGCGGAGUUUCCAUCAAAAUGCAUGAUUUAAUCAGAGAUUUAGCAUUGGGGAUCUUAUCUUCGACGCCAAAAGAUAGUCAGUUUCUUUUGAGAGCAGAAGGUAUUCAGUUUCUGUUGAGUGCUUAUUCAAGAUCAAUCAAACCACUUAAUGCUGGAAGUAGUUCAUCAUCAAGAUCGCUGAACAUCCUUGAAAGCAGUAGAUUGUGUAUACCAGAAGGUAAUCAAUUUCUGUUGAGAGCUGGAGCAGGUCUAACAGAACCACCUUCGAUGGAAGAGUGGAAACAGGCCAAAAUGAUGUUUUUGAGUGAUAAUGAGUUAUGCACUCUACCCGAGAAACCAAAUUGCCCCGAACUUUUGACAUUGUUCUUACAAAGAAACCGUUUGCUGAGAGUGAUACCUCCAUACUUUUUUGAAUGCAUGACUUCUCUCAAAGUGUUAAAUCUAUCUGAGACUAGAAUAAGGUCCUUGCCAGAGACACUUUUUAAGCUAAAAAGCCUCCUAAUGCUCAUUAUAUGUGAUUGUAAACGUCUGUUUAUGCUUUCCUCUCAAGUUGGAUCUCUUGUUUGUCUUGAGGUGCUUGAUCUUCGAGGUACUAAAAUUAAAGAAUUACCUGAUAAGAUUGGUGAAUUGGCAUCCCUGAAACGUUUGGAAGUGUCCUUCUAUGGAUCUAUUGAUGACAGUGAAUAUGUUAAAUUGCCACGUCAUUUGAUUUCGAGUGGCAUUAUAUCGAAGUUGUGUAAUUUGGACACUUUGAGCAUUGUUUUAUGUCCAGGGGAUGAAAGGUGGCAUGAGGAUGUGGAAUAUGUCAAAACUGAAGUCAGCAAGUUAAAAAAGUUGAAGUUUCUGUGUUUUCAUUUCCCAGAAGUUGAGCAUGUCCAAGAAUUCGUCACAGAAAGUGAACCAUGGAAGAAGAAACUCUUAAUGGAGUUCAAAUUUGUGGUUGGCCGUGAUGUCAAGAGCAUUUCCUCUCAGGUCCCAAAGUAUUUGGAAUUUGAUUAUAAUCAGCAGGGCCAAUGCUUGAGAUUUGUAAAUGGUGAGAUGAAACCUGAUGGAGUUCUUCAAAUAUUAGCUCGUUGUACUGCUUUCUAUUUAGAUAAUCAUCUUGACAUCAAGAGCCUUUCCAACUUUGGUGUUAGCAAUAUGAAUGGGUUGAAGUUUUGUAUAAUAAGUGAAUGCCCGGAGAUUAAAACGGUUGUGCAUGUGGAUGAAGUGGAGGAAGAUACUAUUGCUGUAUUUCCACUCCUGGAGACCUUGAGUAUUCAUCAUUUGUGGAAUUUAACAGGAAUUUGGCAGGGGACUUUACCAGAAGGAAGCUUUGCCGAGUUAAGAAUUUUGUCGAUGCAUGGAUGUCCGAAGUUGGAUUACAUCUUUAGAAGCUCAAUGAUUCAAUAUUUUCGUAAAUUAGAGGAAUUGGUUAUUGAAGAUUGUCAGGCCAUUGAACAAAUCAUAGUUGAGGAUGAGAUAACGGAUUCUUGUUCUGUUACACUUCCCAGUUUGAAGAAGUUAACACUUCACUAUCUGCCUGGAUUGGUUAACAUUUGGAAAAGUCCUUGGCCGCAAUUAGGACAUAUCAGCUUCUACUGUUGCCCAAACUUGAAGAAGAUUGGUAUUGAUUCCAGGUUCAAAGAUGUGAUAGUUAAGGCAGAGAAGAGUUGGUGGGAUGCAUUAGAGUGGGAAAAUGAUGAAUUGCGGUUGUAUCUUGAAAACUAUUCCACCAUAAUUUUUCAAGAUUAUCUGUAA